CCUCUCUCUCAGGGCUCCUCGUCCUAUGAGAUUGCCAUUUCUAUUCCACAUGUAAUUAUCAUCAAGGACACACCAAUUCCUAAUUCUCUCCAACUAUUUUUACAUUUCCCAGCCAAGUUCAUUAUCAGACUUCGCUAUCAAAUCAAAUAUUAUUCCCAAGGAGAUUUCCCUUAUUUCUUCUUUUGUUGUGUUGAAUUCGUGGUUUUUUCCUUGAAUUUCUUCACCUAGGGUUUCGCGCAGUUAAAUAGCUGAUCGAUGAAUGCAUAACUGGAAGUAAAAUGGAUUGGGGCAACGUCACGGCAGAGGAUCUAAUCGAGGCACUUCGCGAAGUCGAUUGGUCAUCCCCGCCUCGGCCUCUCUCGGAAUUCUUCUCCCGAUUCACUGUCCCCCAUUCUUACUCCAAAUGGAACAGUCGCCUCAAGUGUAAUCUCUACUACUAUCGAACCAAUUACUUCAUACUGAUUGUGAUUAUUCUUGGCUUGGGAUUUAUCAGGAGGCCACUUGCUAUUGUAGCUGCCCUAUUAUCAGCUCUAAGCAUUGCUUUUCUAAAUGAUAGCUUUGCAAGUACUUUCAGUGAAAAAGUGACGAGAACAGUCAGGCAGUUUUCUCCACAUUUUGCUGCUAAAAUGAGACCUUCCCAUACGCCUGUUAUUCGAGGGCGUCCAUCUUCCAAAAGAGCUAUACAUAUAUGUGGACAGCCUCGGUGGGUAUUUGUCUUGAUAUUUUCAACAGUGAGUUUCAUCUUUUGGUUUGUCUCUUGUGGCCUUAUUACUUUCUUGUGGGCUUUUGCUGUCGGCCUUCUUGUCACUCUUCUUCAUGCAAGCUUGAGAACACCUAACCUGAAAGCUCGUUUGAACACAUUUCGAGAGGAAUUUCGUGCUGUUUGGCGCAAUUAUAGUGAGCUUUAGCUCAUAUGGAAGUAAAUACAUUGAUGAUUGCUUCCUCUCCAUGUAGGAGACUCAUAUCAGCCAUCAAGUUAAUGCAUAAAGCUGUUAUGAGAGAGUGCUGUCUAUUAUGGUAUGCUUGAUAUUUUUCUUCGUCCCAGCUGCUCAGUUUUAAGAAAAAGAGGCUGCUAAUGUUCGCAGAUCAUUAGGUUGUAAAUUUCUGAAAUUCUUGUUAUAGGUAAAUGGACUGUACCGUUUGUAAUUGAUUUCAAGAAAUCAUUUGGGGAUUCAUGUACACUGUUGUCGAAAGAUUUCUUAGAAUGAGGUGUUGAAAUCCCUACUUAGGGUGCAUGAUGAGAUCUUGUUACUUUUCUGAAGGAUAGUGAUGAAUAAAUCUAGCAAAAUUUGUGAA